AUGACACCUUCCAUGAAUUUUCGUCAUAAUCCAGGUUUUCAAGGGAGUCCGGCUUUAUUGAGCACUUCCGGAGCUCUCGGAGUCACGACGGGUCCCGUCAUGAUGGUCUACGGUCUCGACACGAAAAAACUCAACUGCGACAAAUUGUUUAAUUUAUUUUGCCUCUAUGGAAAUAUCGCGAGGAUAAAAUUUUUAAAAACGAAAGAAGGUGCGGCCAUGAUACAAAUGGGUGAUGGUUCGGCCGUGGAAAGAUGCGUUCAACAUUUGAACAACGCUCCAAUGUUCGAUUCGAAAAAUCGUUUGCAGUUGGGUUUUUCAAAGCAGCCAUUUUUAAGUGACGUAACAAAUCCGUUCGUGUUACCGGACGGAAGUCCAUCUUUCAAAGAUUUCAUUCGUAACAAAUACAAUAGAUUUGCUAAUCUUGCUAUGUCUCUUAAAAAUAGGAUUCAAUCACCUUCGAGAAUUCUUCAUUUUUUCAACACGCCUCCGUCGCUCACGGAAAAAAUGCUUUUGGAUUUAUUCGAAGAAAAGAAAAUAGUACCUCCGUUGACGAUAAAAAUAUUUCCAAUGAAAAGCGAAAGAAGUUCUUCUGGUCUCAUUGAAUUUGAAGACAUCGAAGGUGCUAUAGAAGCUCUAGUGGUUCUCAAUCACGCUCCAAUAGAAAAUCCAAACGGUAAAUUUCCAUACACUAUGAAAUUAUGUUUUUCCUCGUCGCGACAAGUGAACGUGAACGGUACGACAAGAGUAGUUCAAAACAACGGUAAUAAUAAUAAUAAUAAUAAUAAUAAUAAUGAUAAUAAUAACGGACAACAGAGUACUUAA